AUGUCUUGUUCUCUUCCUUUGUGCACUCUCUUGAUUCUUUUCUCCCUCGUCUACUCUCCUGUUAUCCUCUUUGUCAGUUCUCUUUCCUUCAAUAAAAGUAGCUUUGGCACAAAUGGAGGCGACAUACUACUCGAAGGAGCUGCGACAAUUGUGUCUGAAUCUGUUGUUCUCACCGAAGGCUCCCCAGCGCCAUCAUUAGAAGUAGGCCACAUGCGGUAUGCCGAACCCCUAGGUUUAUGAGAUUCUGCUACGGGGAAACAUGCAGACUUCUCUACUCGUUUCUCUUUCACCAUUGAUACUAUGAACUACACUCAACGUGGUGAUGGCAUUGGCUUUUUUCUUGCUCCUGUUGACUUCUCAAUCCCACCCAACUCCGCCGGUGGAUACCUAGGACUCUUCAAUUCUACCACAUAUCAUGGUGGGUCUCAGUACCAAAUUGUGGUCAUUGAGUUCGAUACUUCCUAUAUCGAGACCAUACCAAAUGAUAUUUCAACGGAGCACAUAGCAAUUGACAUAAAAUCAGUCCCGCCAUGUCAACAUGCAAUAUGGGAUUUUGCAGCACACAGCAGCAAGGCAACUAAUGUUAUGGUGACCUAUGAUUCUACUAGCAAGAAUCUUAGUGUAUUCUGGUCAUCUGAUGACAAGCCGGUUUCUCCAUAUAACAAAGAUUCCUCGAUUUCUUGCCCAGUUGAUCUUGCUGACAUUCUUCCUGAAUCAGUAAUUAUUGGAUUCUCAGCUUCUACUGGCCAAUAUUCAGAGAAACACAGCAUCAAUUCAUGGGAAUUCAACUCAAGCCCGGACAUUGUGCCUCACCGGUCCGCCGAUCUGUCAAAAAACGGGGUAGAGGUGGAUAUGUCGAAAAAGGGGGUAAGUAAGAUGUAUAGGAUUGUAACAUUCAUCACUUUUCCCGUAGCAUGUCUGUUGCUGGUCAUUUCAGCAGGUUCUUGCUUAUUUAUGAUCAAGAUGAGGAAAAAAUUUGAGUUUCGGUCUCUGACUCACACUGACAAAGAGAUAGUAGCAUUGCCACUGAAAUUCUCUUAUCGAGAGUUGCUUGUUACGACAAAUGACUUUGCAAAUGAUCGAAGACUGGGCCAAGGAGGAUCCAGCCAAGUUUACAGAGGAUUUUUGAACCGUUUAGAUCGCCAAGUCGCCGUCAAAAGAAUCUUUGCAGAGUCCAGACAUUCAAAGAAGCUUUUCACCAACGAAGUGAAGAUACUAAGCCGCAUGAUACACCGAAAUCUGGUGCAAUUCAUUGGAUGGUGCCAAGAAGAAGGUGAGUUUUUGCUUGUCUAUGAAUAUAUGCCUAAUGGUAGCCUUGAUAAUCAUCUCUUUGGAACACGAAAAAGUUUGCCAUGGGAUGUGAGGUACAAGAUAGCUUUAGGGCUAGCAUUAGCCCUCAACUAUCUUCAUGAAGAUCUAGAGCAAUGCGUUCUCCACAGAGAUGUAAAAGCUGCUAAUAUAUUACUCGACAUGAACUUCAACACAAAGCUCGGAGACUUUGGUGUGGCUAAGCUCGUUGACCCUCAGUUCAGGACACGAACGACGGACGUGGUAGGGACAUAUGGUUACCUGGCGCCAGAAUAUUUGAGUGAAGGUAAGGUUACUAAAGAAUCCGACAUGUUCAGCUUCGGGGUUGUGGCUCUAGAAAUCGCAUGCGGUAGGAGGACCUAUCAGGAAGGAGAAUUUCACAUUCCACUGCACAAGUGGGUUUGGCAGCUUUACCUUGCUGGAAACAUUCUUGAAGCAGCGGACGAAACAUUUGGUUCGAGUUUCGAUAGGAAGGAAAUGGAAUGCUUGAUGAUGGUGGGACUAUGGUGUGUGCAUCCAGAUCCCAAGAUGAGGCCAAAAGCGGGACACGUUAUAAGAUUUCUUCAGCUAGAAGUCCCGGUGCCUGAGUUUCCACGUGACACCUAUGAGGCCUCCCCUUCAUAUCAGCCAUCGGCACUAAGAAUAGAGUCUUCCUCUUCUAUGCAAGAAAUGAGUUCCUUUUCAGCUAGAUAGAUCAUGGCUCCUAAAGCCAUCCGGCAGCACAUGUUGACUUUUGGGAAAAUGAAACAAAUGUUGUGACGGAUUAGUUA